AUGUCGGACCUCACACCCAUGUUUUCAAGUUCUCGGAUGGCAGAAUUGAGACAAGCCUUCGACAAGCACGCUAAUGGAAACUCCUUGAAAGGCGAAGACUUUGGUAAAGUGAUGAAAGAGUGUGGAGAAGAAGUCCCUGCCUUCAAACUGCGAGAUAUCGAAGAAGAAGUGCAGAAAGAAAAGCGAGGGAUGUUAAGCUUUGACGAUUUUACCAAACUGUUUGCAAGGCUGUCUACGAAAGCGGUUGGAGGUGCAUACAAAAAGGCCGUUGACAGCCGCAAAGGAGUGCAAGCUGUCGGAGGGACUUCAGCAUCAUCUGCCGAAGGGACAAGACAUUCGUUUUCUGAUGAUGAGCAGAUUGGCUUUAGCAACUGGAUUAACUCAGUUCUGGAAGAUGAUCGCGAUUUGAAAGGUUAGAAAUGUGAUAUACAAAUAGAGAUUUUCACGUUAAAAAGUUUUCGUUUACUAGAGUUGUUGUAGUAAAACUCAUAGAUGGAGAAAUAGAUAUUGAAAUUUUCAACCGCUUUCGGUGAGGAUGGAAAGAUUUCCAGUGAGUUUAUUUUAAAAGAAAGUGUCCGUUAACUGUAAGAAGGAACAAACUGCUCUUAGUAACCAGCAAACAGUGAGUUCGACAGAAAGCAUUAAAUUUAUUUACACCGGUAUGCACCCUCGAUAACAAUUUUUCUCUUAGCAAUUGCGUAGAUUGUCCGAAAUUCGUGCGUUCAGUUCACUCAAAUAACUAAACCUUAUGCAAGCUAAUGAUAAUUAUGUUUUGGAUUUAUUUGACACAGUGUAUAUAUUCAAAAUUUGAGUAAGAGGGAAGGUUCUCAAAUGACACAUACCUCACUGUUAUUGGACUCAUUGCAUACGAAGCAAUCUUCGUUUUGCAUCGGCAAUACAUUGUGACGGAACGGUGAACUUUUUGAGCCUUGAGUAAAAAUUUUGUUUUACAUAGGAGAAUUCUAUGCGAGGGUCUAAUAAUUUAAUUUGGAGAAAUGACAUGCAGGAUUAUUUCUCCGAUCAAAGUUUGGGGGGCGGAGUGGAACCGCGGGUGAUUCUUUCUCAGAAGCAACGCCCUACGUGGGAAUUGUAAUACGAGGUCUUGCAGGAAUGAAAUAAUAUGAAUUCACUCCAGCUGACUCUUAGUUUUCUUUUGAAAGUCGAGUCGAGUCAGAUCAGCUUGUUGGUUCUCCUUUACCAGUUAACACUACCCAAUGGUAGAUGAAAUCUUAACACUAUGUUUCUAUCCUCACAGGGAAGUACGUGCCAAUUAAUGAGGACGAUAAAGAUGGUCUUUUCAAAGCCGUUAAAGACGGGAUUCUGCUGUGUAAACUCAUAAACUGGGCCUGUCCUGGUACUGUGGACGAGAGAGCUAUUAAUAAGACCAAGUUAAACGUGUAUAACAUUCACGAAAACCAAACGUUGGUGUUGAACUCAGCCAUGGCUAUCGGCUGUAACAUCGUCAAUAUUGGCGCGCAGGAUCUAAUUGAAGGCAAACCUCAUCUGGUGCUGGGUUUACUGUGGCAAGUUAUCAGGGUAUGUGAAGCUUUAUGGUGAACAGAAUUUCUCACAAAGUGCUUAAAGUGUUUAUUCGCUAUCUUUUCGCGUAACAUUAGAAUCUAAACUUAGAGAAUUUCAGUUUAAAAUUUUAAACCGUAUUAUCUUUACAAACGAAAAACUAUUUCGUUUUGGCAUGGCUGAUUCGCCGUCCUGUGCUUUCUGCCAAACAGAGGUUGAAUCCGUAGAGCAUUUACUCUUUUCCUGUAGAGUAUCAUCUAGUUUUUGGAAACAUGUCUUGUCCUGGUUGUGCGAUUAUAACAUCCCUGUUGAUAACCUUGAAGAGGAAGAUGUCAUUUUUGGUAAGUUCGAUAUUGCAGAAGAUUUUCUCCUGUUUAACCAAAUUUUGUUUCUGGGUAAGUUUUAUAUUUACUCUCGGAAAUACCUAAAUGGUAUUCCUUCUCUUCGAGGUUUUAUAGCCAGGACUAGGCGUGUUUACAAUAUCGAACUCCGUAUUGCCGCGAAAAGAGACAAAUUAACUAAUCAUUUUAGAAAGUGGGAAAGGUUAAUAAGCGUUUUUACGAAUAAGUGAUCGUGAUGUCAUGAUUAAUUUCCAUCAUUAGUUUAAAAGUGAUGUCAUUGUAACUUACAUACGAGGUAACCGUAUUGCUGUUAUAGCUUUGUGAGUGUGUGCAGCUUGGUAAUCUUCUAUUUGUACCGUAUUAGUGUGUGUUUUUCUCUUUUUUUUUUCUUCCUUAAUUUCUGUUUUGUAUUUAAACAUCAGAAAUGCUUUGAUAAAAAUAAAAUUAAAAAAAAAUUUAAAAAACCAAAGUGCUUACUCCAAAACUGUUAACAUCAGUGUAGGCCUCCAGAGAUACAGGGCCCUCUCCAUUCGACUAAAAUUUUCGAUCUGAAUUUCCAAAAUUUUCGCAUGUCGAAUGGAACGUGGGCGAAAUUCCCUGGGUCAAUUUUCUUAGCUUUUGAGCCACUCGAUGAUCUCCAUUUACCCCGGUUACGUUGGAAGACAGUGAUGAAAGAGCUAGCUUGAUUGUCGGCUUUAUGCCGUUAAACAGCUGUUUAACGGCAGUAGUGGGCUCAGAGUAUGAAACUGUGCAGGGUUGUAAAUACACAGUCCAAUGCGACUCACCGCAAUCUUGCCGAAGGCUUGUUAUAUGAUCUAAGAUCUUUGACAUAAAGGGAAAUACCUUAUCGAUCGAUUUUCAGCUCAUAGCUGAGCGAAUGAAACGGGUAACGGGUCUAAAUGAUUCAACGCUACCUAUCUUAAGAAAGAUCUAGAGCCAUUGAAAAGCAUAAAAGAUUCGUCUAUGAUGCACUGCAUAGCUGCUCUUUCCAAAAAAAUUUUGCUGUUCAUGGGAUCAUUAUAAUUCUAAUGCUUAUUAUUGCUUCUCUUAGAUCGGUCUGUUCAGGCAACUGACUAUCCAGAACUGUCCCGGACUUGUUCGCCUGGUUGAAGAGGACGAGACCAUCGAGAAACUUCUCCGUCUUCCCCCGGAAGCCAUCUUGCUCCGUUGGUUCAACUACCAUCUUCAGGAUGCCGGGCACCAUCGGCGAGUCGCCAACUUUUCUACUGAUAUCUCUGAUGCGGAGAAUUACAGUGUUCUGCUUCACCAGGUAAUCCUUUAUAGCUUUAAGUUGAAGCUCGGACUCCUGAGAUGCGUAGCAUGAGAGCUGUCCUCUGAGAGCAUCGUCUGAAUUGUGAUUUCUUCACUCUCGACGUGGUCUGAUCAUUCUCUCAGAUUCUAUAUCUGCUUCCGUUAAAUCUGAAACAAACCAUACAACUACCAAUUAAUAAUUUAGAACCCAGGAUAAAAACCAUCACAGCUUCUCUAAAAGGACCAAUUUAUUUGGAUACUUUUGUAGCAACAUAUUUUGGAUUCACUAUAAGGAAGAACCGACGUUCGAAACUUCAGCUUAGUAUUUCUCUCGACGAUGGCCAAUUCCCAUCUUCGGCUCAGUUGAUACUGCCAAGUUACCUUGCAAUAACCCCAAAGACGAGGCGCUACAGUUUCUUAAGAAAGUUACCCCCUUUUAUUUUUCUUUAUUCUGUUUAGUAAGGUUACCUUUUUCCCCUUCCAGAUCGCCCCUCCUGAACUCGGGAUCGGCGAACCACACAUUGGCGUGUCCGACCCAACGAAACUUGCCGGGCUCGUCCUCGACAAUGCAGCCAAGAUGAAAUGCCGCAAGUUUGUGCGAGCCAAGAAUAUUGUUAAUGGUAACGCGAAGCUGAAUCUAGGAUUCGUCUGCAACUUGUUCAAUAACUAUCCUGCACUGAAGCCAGUUGAAGAAGAGCUGCCCAACCUUGAAGAAACACGAGAGGAGAAAACUUUCCGCAACUGGAUGAACAGCAUGGGAGUGAAGCCGUUUGUGCAACAUCUCUACCUAGAUUUGGAUGAUGGUAUCGUUCUUCUACAGCUGUUUGAUUUGGUAAUGCACAAAGAACCAACGUCAUUUGUUUAUUUUAUGCCAAUAACCGAAAAUUCAUUCAGGGCGCUUUUCCGAGGAGUAUCUUGAAUUAACAUCAAAUUUAUUACAACUAUUAUUAUUGGAAAUUUAAGCUUCGUCAUCGAAUAAAGAAGUAGGUCAAACCAUUCUCACAGGUGUGGGUCAAAAUACAAGGAUACAUGAUUUGAUAGCUAAUUAGUUUUCCGUGUUUUCAGGUGAAAAAAGGCGUGGUGGACUGGGGCAAGGUCAACAGACCACCUUAUAAAAAGAUGAGCGAGAGUAUGAAGAAACUCGAGAACUGUAACUACGUGGUCGACGUCGCCAAGCAACUCGAAUUUUCCGUGGUAGGAACCGGAGGCAAAGACAUCUUGGACAUGAACAAGAAGCUGGUCCUGGGUCUCCUGUAUCAGACCAUGCGCGCCUACACAUUGCAGGUCCUGCAAAAAUGCACCGGAAGCGACAAGAAGAUCAAAGAUGAAGAAAUUGUCGCAUGGGUCAAUGAAAAACUGACAAAAAGCGGGAAAGACAGCAGAGUAACCUGUUUUAAAGACCCCACCAUCUCAAACGGCAAGUCAGUGAUCGAUCUAAUCGACAGCAUCAAGCCAGGUGUUAUUCAAUACAACAUAAUGGCAACAGGGGAGACACUGUCAGACCACCAGAAGUUGUUGAAUGCCAAGUACGCCGUCUCCAUGGGGCGAAAGAUUGGCGCCAAAUUGUACGCGCUGCCUGAGGACGUAGUGGAGGUCAAGGCCAAGAUGGUACUGACCGUGUUCGCUUGUUUGAUGGCUGUUGAUCAUGCGAAUACUGCUGGAAAGAAAUGA